CUCCGUCCCACGAGAGAAGUAACCCGCGUCCCGACCGAAUUGCGUCCGAAUCCGCGCAUCCCCCACUUAGUCGACAUAUCGACGGCGCACGAUCUCAACCGUCGACGUUCGGCAACGUUGUACAGUAUGUAUCUUAACGUAUACUCGCUAUAGUGUGUCAAUACAUCUGUGUCACUAUAUUCCGCGCCGCAUUUACGUCUAUAAUAACCACUUGUUUAUUUAAUUAUUGUAGUUUUUUUUGUUGGUUAAUUUUUUUCUUAAAAAUGAAUAUUUCUCAAGAGGAAUGUCAAUCAAAACAUGACUCUGCUAGAUGUGCUGAAACAAGCAUCGAUGUUGCAGAAAUUCUUUCACCUAUUAAAAAAAAUCGAAAAGGACAGUUUGUUGGAAGAGGGCAAAAACAGAAUAUUGUUAAUUUAUACAAGUCGAAAAAACAUCAACAACCAGACAUGAAGUACAAAGAAAUGAUAACAUCUAUUUCAAAAGAAAUUGGGAUUGGAAAGCGUACAGUGAUAAACACAAUAAGUGAGUACAAAAAUACAGGACACUUGAAGUCGCCAUGUAAAACAAAAAACCGCCCAAAAAUCAAUGAUAAAAUUGACGAUUUUGAUAAAACCCGCAAUUCGUCAAAAAAUUCAUGGGUUUUGGAUCCAGAUCUUCCGAGUUUGCCUAGAUCCACUUUACAUCGGAUAUUGAAAGAAUUAAAUUUUGAAUAUACAAAAAGGAAUCGGAAUAGUGCGCUUACGGAAAGAGGAGAUCUCGUUGUUUGGCGACAAAAAUAUAUUGAGGACAUAAGACGAUAUCGGAGUGAAGGUCGUACAAUAUAUUUCCUUGAUGAAACGUGGGUAAACGCAGGGGAGUGUAGCAGCAAAGUAUGGAUUGAUACUUCGGUAAAAUCUCAUAGGGAUGCAUUCCUGAAAGGACUGUCUACAGGCCCUAAAAAUCCUUCAGGUAAAGGCAAACGUCUAAUAGUUGUACAUAUCGGUUCAGCAGAUGGUUUCGUCGAGGGUGGUCUAUUGUGUUUUGAGUCGAAAAAAAACACAGCAGACUACCACGACGAAAUGAAUGGCGACACGUUUUACGAAUGGUUUUGUGGAGUUCUGCCCCGAUUAAAAGAAAAUUCAAUAAUAGUCAUGGACAAUGCAUCGUACCAUUCUGUUAAAAAAGACCCGGUUCCUACAACGGCUUGGAAAAAAGACGACAUAGUAAAUUGGUUAAAGGCCAAAGGUAUUGUUUACGAUAAACCGAUGUUGAAAUUUCGAUUGCUUGAUAAGGUAAACGAAAUUAAACCUCUUCACGUUAAAUAUGUUAUUGACGAAGAAGCUUUGAAAACAAAUCGACAUGUAUUACGUUUGCCACCUUACCAUUGCGAACUUAAUCCAAUAGAACUUGCGUGGUCUGUAGUGAAGAAUCAUGUGAAACAAAAUAAUACAACAUUUAAACUAAAGGAUGUUGAACAAUUGCUGAUGGAAGGUGUCCAGAAAGUGACUUCUGACAUGUGGGCCAAUUUCGUUAGUCAUACUAUCAAAGAAGAAGACAAAUUAUAUGAAAUCGACUUCAUCACAGAAAAUAUGUUGGAGAAUGAAGAAUCACAUAUAAUGACGAUAACUGGUGACACUUCUUCUGAUUUUUCUGACGAGUAA